AUGGCUGCACAAUUGACUUAUAAGUCCCACACUUCGGACUUAUCUAAUAAAACCACAUCUCCGUUCGUAAUAAGUACUAAGAGUCCUGGAGAUGGUAUAAGGUUUGGAUGUUAUGCAAUAUGUCAAGUGUUUCAUAUUUUCUUUUUAACUCUACCAACUCAACAUUUACUGGAUAACAGUCUCAGCAUUUCUAGCUGCAUAUACAAUACAGAUUGGUAUUGUCUGUCAACUCAAACAAAAAAACUGUUACUUAUAAUUCUGGAAAGGGUAUCAAGACCAACUACAUUUAUCGUUGGCAGGAUAUUUAUACUUUCUUUACAAUUUUUUACGAGGGUUCUGCAAACAUCAUUGUCUUAUUUUACUGUUCUGAUGUCUAUUCGAGGAUGA